AUGCCUCCGCGAAGCAGACACACGAAAUCCGCCAGCAUUGGCUCCAGCACCGGCGGCGAAAGUGCCAACGGCGGCAUGCUCCCUCCUGCGACUCCCGGCUCGAAGUCUUCCUCCCCCGUCGCUGCGCGCAAGCCACGCUCGCGGCCGACCACUUCCACUCAAGGCUUGGAGUCGCCGGCCGUGGUGGUUCCCGUACCCGUCGCCGCACCAGUUGCGCCCAAGAAGGCCCGGGAGGCGGGCAAGUUUGCUCUGGCGAUCGUGCUGAGCACGUUGCUAGAAGCAGUGUUUCAGACGGGAGCGGCGUUCGUGACACCAGGAGACUUGGCUGUGGUAUCGCGACAACCGGACACAGCGGUCAUCGUGGGUCUAUUGGGAUGGAAGCUUGCAAAGCUGAGUCUAUAUUGGUUCCGAGGAUUUGAUGCAUUCGAUGUCGCCAGCGUAUCUCUGCUGCUCUUUACACCGCAAAGCAUUCUCUUAGGCCUCUUCUACGAGAUUAGCCCCAUCACACUGGCAGCGACGACACUGUCCUCUAUCCUCGCGAACUCUCUACCAUAUUACUUCCUCCGCCCGCUAUCCCCGAGCCAUACACCUGCUUCCGCGCCCCGGGCGAGCCUGCGGAACCGCCCGAUCUUGACCGACCCUUACACAGCCAUUGCAACAUCUCUACUUGCGACCGCCAUUUUCGCCGUGCUGGUCGAAGCGUCGUUUGCGACGUUCCUGCCGGAAUGGCUGAUCACAAAUUUCACUGGCUUGCGCACACUUGAACCAGCGCACCGAGGCCCCUCGGGUUUGCCCACUCUUCUUCUUGCACUCUUACCUGCCGGCGUGGCAUGCAUGGAGUUCCUUUUUGCCCCAUCUACCGCUGCUGGGAACGUCGCCGUAGUAGCAGUGGCCCCGUUCGAUCCGGCCACUGCAUCCUUCCCAGCACACGUCUACCAUAACGCCUGGGGCUGGUAUUCCGCACGACAGAAGGAGUUGAUCCGCCGGACGGCGGUUUUGACUGCUCUACUGGUCACAGAGACCGUCUUGGGGGUAUGGGGUACGAUUACCGGCGUCGAGCUCCCAGGCGCCUUGGGCUACGCUGGCAUCUGGGGCCUGGGAGUCGUAGUACUGGGCGCGGUACUAAAUUGGGUGGGUGGGCCUAGUGAUUGA